AUGACGACUGUGUGGUAACAAGCUACUGUUGUUUUCCAUAAAAAUUUCUCUAUUUAUUACCAAGAGAAAUAAUUCAGACAAGAGUUCUUCGUGGCUCUUCUUAUUUUUAUUAUUCUCCUGGUUGGAUGUAAGUAUUGAUAAUAUAUCCAUCAAUAGAAUAAACAUCAAAUGCUACACUCCUUUAAAUAGGAGCUGAGUUUUUACCUAUGACUCUUUUGAUAAGUUCAAGGUAUAUAGUCACAGCGAUGAUAUCAGAAAAGAGCGAUAGACAAAAAGAAAUCUAAAAAGUAAUUAUUUUUCAUAAUUAAUCUUUAGAUAAUGGGUCUUAAACAAUCAGCAUAUUAGUUAGGUUGGUUCCUCUUCAACAUUUUUAGAAUAAUGGCUGUCUCUAUAUUCUUUCUUGUUCUAGCUGUACCUACAGGAUGUUUUGGACCAGAAAAUACAUAUGUUAAAAUUAAUUCUGUUCAAUAUCCAUUGCAAUUCUUUAAUCCUAUCGAAUAAAUAGGAAGUUACUUACUAUUUGCAAUGGGAUUAACAGCCUAACAAUAUUUUUUAACAACAUUAUUUGAUUAACCAAAAAAUGGAGCUGAUUUAUCAAUGUUAUUAAAUAUAUUUGGAUCAAUUAGUUCAGCAUUACUUAAUAUCCAAUAUUUUUAAAAGUAUUUGUAAAAUAUAAUUUAGGAAUUCUUGGAUAGUAAUUCUAUUGGGAAUUUUGUUUCCAACAUUUUUGUUUGACAUAUAUCCUUAUAAUCAGAUACUAGGAACCAUUGAAAAAGGUGCUAAACCUGCUAUAGGACCUAAUUUAUAUUUUAGUUUAUAAGGAGCUGAAAUACUUUUCUAUGGAAUUUUGUAUUUAUAUUUAGAAUAAGUAUUACCAAAUGAAUAUGGGACUAAUAAACAUCCUUUGUUUUUUAUUGGAAAAAAAUAUGAAAUUUAAGGGGAAGAUAUUUCAAAUUAAUAUGAAUUACCUAAUAUGAAUAAACCAUUUAUAGGUCCAAGAUAAUCUGAAAUUUAAGAAGAUAAUAGUUCAGCUAUUUAUCAUGAAAUUUUUGAUAAUCCUAAAUAAGUCAAAGUAAUUAUAAAAUAUGAUAAUAUUAGAGAGCUAUAGCAAUAAAAAAUGUUAAAAAAAGCUUUAAUGAUCUUAUGGCUGUAAAUGGUGUUACACUCUAGAUUUAUGAAUCUUAAAUACUAUGUUUAUUAGGACAUAAUGGAGCUGGAAAGACUACUCUAAUUUCAAUAUUGACAGGUUUAAUAAAAAGAGAUAGUGGAGCCAUUGUAUAUUAUGGAACAGAUACAGAUUUUGAUGUUAUUAGAAAUUAUUUGGGAUUUUGUCCAUAAAAAGAUACUCUUUAUGAUAGUUUAAAUUGUGAUUAGCAUCUUUAUUAUUAUGGGAGAAUAAAAGGAAUAGAUGAGAAAGAACUUUCAUUAGAAAUAGAUUAGAUAGUAAAUAAAUGUGAUCUUUCUAAUGAUAGAAUGAAAUUAGCUAAAUAAUUAUCAGGAGGAACAAGAAGGAAAUUAAGUUUAGCUAUUUCAUUGAUAGGAUAAUCUAAAGUUAUAUUUCUUGAUGAACCAACCUCUGGUAUGGAUCCAAUAUCAAGAUAAAAGAUUUGGGACAUUUUGACAUAAGUGAAAAAUGAAGGUAGAUGUUUAGUACUGACUACACAUCAUUUAGAUGAAGCUGAAGUCUUAUCAGAAAGAUUGGCUAUUAUGGCUAAGGGUAAAUUAUUAACAGUUGGAUCAGUUGAUUUUAUAAAGAUGAAUUUUGGAAUUGGAUAUCAUUUAAGUUUAUAUGAUAAAACAAACAAUCCAUAAGUUUGGAGUGAGAAAAGUAAGAAAAUUGCUAAUGUUGUUUAAUAAUACAUUCCUCAAGCAAAAAUUAGUAGUUAAACUUCUUAAGACUGUAUUGGAUUCUAAGUUCCUUUCAAAUAGAAAGAUAAAUUCUUAUCAUUAUUUGAAUAACUUGAAAGGGAUUAAACUAUUUAAGUUAAUUUAAUGAUGAAUACUUUAGAAGAAGCAUUUAUCAAUAUUGGAAUGGAUGAAGAAUCUUUCCUUGAUAAAGCAUCAGGGAAAUAAAUAUCAAAUGAAGAUUCUAAAAUAAACAUAGACAUUACAGAGGAAUUCAAUAAAAUUAUACCUCCUGAAUGUUUAAGUAGACCACCUCAAUAUAAUUUUGGAUUGUAACUUUGGGCAUGUUUUAUUAAAAAACAUUAUACUAUGACACCAAAAAGAUAUCUAAUGUGCAUAUUUAUGCCAUCAUUUUUUGCAGUUUUAGCUCCUAUUGUUUCAAAAAUUGCAUAUAAUGCUGUCUUACCAUCAAUUGAAGAUGAAAGCAAUAUUAAUUAAAUAUUAGUUUAUAGUGAAAUUGCCUUAAUCGAUAUAUAUGUCUACUUAUUGAUAGGUGCAUCAAUGGCUAGUUCUUAAAUUGGAAGUGCUCCUGUUGAAGAAAGGGAGAAAAAGUAGAAAUAUGCUUUAAAUGUUAUGGGAUGUAGAACACUACCAUAUUGGUUAGGAUAUUAUUUCUAUGAUAUCACUAUUUGUAUCAUAGUGUUGGUUAUAUUUAUAAUAGCAGUAAAUAUUUGUGAUGUUCAAUUAAUUAAUAAUGGAAAUGUUUAUGGACUUGUAUUUUGUUGUUACUUAGCCUAUUUGCCUCUUGGUUAUAUAUUGUCAUGGUUAUUUACAUAAUUCUUAUCAGCAGUAAGAUCCUUAAUAUUGAUAUAAUUAUUUGGAUUCUUUAUGAUUGCUUCAGUGAUUUAUGUAUUGUGUUUAAAUGUCGAGGCUGUUCUUUGGAUUUUAUCAUUAUUGUGUCCUUCAUUAGCUCUAUUUAGUGGAUUUAUCACUGUAUAUAAUAAAAUUAUUGAUGACAAUUCGGAUGGUACAAAAAUUACAGAAACACUAUUCUAAAAUGUUUAUCCAUUUGUUUUUAUGAUCAUCAUGAUCUUUUAAUCUUGUCUUUAUUUUUUCAUUACAUAUUUAAUUGACAAUAGAGAAUUGUUAGGAGCAAAUUCUGGAGGUGUUUUAAGUGUGAAUUAGGAUGAAGAUGUAAUUUAAGAAGAAAGAAGAGUUGAAAUAUAGAGUUGUUAAGAUAGAGUGAUUGCUAGAAAAAUAUCAAAGACAUACGCUAAUGGAUUCUAAGCAGUUAAGGGAACAUCAUUUGGAAUAGAACCUGGAUAAAUAUUUGGAUUAUUGGGUCCUAAUGGAGCAGGUAAAUCAACAACUUUCAAUAUGAUUACUUCAAAAUUAAAACCAUCUACUGGAAUUAUUUUAUUAUAAAAUUAAGAAGUUAAAAAAGGUUUAGGAGAUGUAUAUUAGAAUGUUGGAAUUUGUCCUUAAUUUGAUAGUCUAUAUGAUAUAGUUAAUGUUAGAAGACAUUUAUAAAUUUGGGCUUAUCUAAAAGGUUUAAGAGGAGAAGAUGUUAAUUUAACAAUAGAAUACUUUAUGAAAGUGAUGUAAUUAACAGCUUAUGAAAAUACAUUGGCUUCACAAUUAAGUGGAGGAAAUAAAAGAAAAUUAUGUGUUGCAUUAGCUUUGAUGGGUGGAACAAAUAUGUAAUUUUUUGAUGAACCAUCCUCUGGAGUUGAUCCAAUUGCAAGAAGAUUUUUAUGGAAUGCAAUUUAAUAAGGAGUUAAAUUAAGAUAAAGUUCUGUUAUUUUAACUACACACACUAUGGAUGAAGCUGAAAGUCUUUGUAAUAAGAUUGCUAUAUAAGUUAAUGGUAGAUUUGCAUGUCUAGGAUCAGUUCAACAUUUGAGAUCUAAAUUUGGAGAUGGAUAUAGAGUUGUAAUUGAACCAACAAAUAAUCUAGUAAUAAUAAAUAUAAUAAUUUUAAUAGGAUAAUGGAGAAGCUAUCAUUUAAGAAAUUACCAAACAUUUUGGGAAUAUAUAUAUUAUGAAUGAUAUGCAUACAGGCAAAAUUAUUUGUAAAUUCCCAUAGAUAGGAUUCUAAUUCCAUUAGACAUUUUAUUUCUUUUAAGAGAAAUUAUAAAAGGAAUAGAAAUUGAUUAAAGAUUUCUAAAUAAGUUAACCUAAUUUGGAAUAGAUCUUUAUGCAAUUUGCUGCAUAAUAAGUUAUUGAACCAGAAAUAUAAAAAAAAGAAUCUUAAAAUCGUUGUCAUGUAGUUGCAUUAUGUGGAAAUGAUGAAGAUGAUUGA